UUACUGUCCCUCGUAUGGUUUCAUGUGCGCACGAGUUCGCACAGGACGCAAUUGUAACUUGUCAUUUAGUUACUCAAGUUGUCCUUGCAAUACACUUCACACAAUCUUGAAUUCGUUUGACUUAACACUAGACUCGAAACGUGAGAACUUGUCAUAAUACUCGUUCUCAGAAAAUGAUGUUCAACAUAUUGGGCAUAUUGGUGAUCUGCUUGGCUGCGGUAUGGGCGGUCCGGGACACAAGCAAAGCCUUUAAGUCCAUGCCAGCAAUCAGCAACUCUCUCGUCAACCUCGGCAAGAUGGACAUCUCCUUCCACUUCGAUUCUCGACUUCCUCAUGAUUUCGCCAAUAUAAAAUCCGAGUCAAUUACAUAUCCUUCGAAAUCAUACGUCGUUCCAAAAUCGGAACCGGUCGCUGAAGAGCCCUGCCUCUGUUCCGCUCUCAAAAAUGUUAAGAGCUCUUUCUUGAAUAAUCCUUCUGAGAUACUUCACAAGAUUCUUAGGAGCAAUGAUUUAUUCUCCUAUAAUCAAGAAUCUGUCACUUCUCCCAUGUGCUGUGAAUCUCAUGAACACCUUCAAGAAGACACUGUUUUCUUUGAAUUCAAUCCUAAACCUCAGGUUCAAGUAGAAUACCCGGCACAACCAAAUAACGUUCCAAUCUUCCCUCUCAUUUGGGAUAACGUUCUACCUAAUAAAACGCCUCUUCCUUCAAUGCCGAUAAAACCAAAAGCAAUUGAAAUUUUCUUCUUCCCCAAAAAGAAGGAUAUGAAUUCAUUUGAUUUCACCAAACUAUCCAAGAAGAAGGAGGUUGGCAAGAAAAAUGAUAUUCAAAUAGUCGGAGAUAAAGAACUGAGAAAUGAAUUUAAAAAUUUCAAACUCAAGCCCGCUUUUCCAGUCUUGACCAAUAAAGAUGAGGUACGAAUUUAUGAUAAUACAGUUACCCAGACUACGAAGAGAGAAUCACCAGUCAUUGUAGAGGAUAUGACAUUCUCAUUCGCUCAAAAGAUCUCUAGAGAUGAGAAACAAAGGAAGAAAGAAGAAGAAAAGCAAGAGAAGAAAAUCGAAGACAUGAAAGAAGAGGUAGGUAGUGAAACAGCAUCAACAAUUCUCGUAUCUAUGGGAGACGUUUCUACUACUAUUAAACCGCUUAACACGAUUUAAUGUGAAAUAAAAAUAAAUAAUGCAAACUAUAAUUUUGGUGUG